CCUUCAUGCUCAGCGAGGAAGACGCAGAGUACGUAAAGCGAAACCGCAUGAGCUCGGCUGUGUGUCUCCCUGAGUGUGGUUGGCACACAGAUGAUUAAUUAGUCAAAUAAAAGCUCGCGGUAACAGGACGCCGCGGCUGAUCCGGGGGAGGGGGGGGGCUCGCGGCUCAGCAGAGGACUCCGGCGCAUGUGGAGGUUGUGGGGAUUUUAGGGAAGGCCAGUUUUAACAGGCCGCAGCGUCACCGAGGCGGCUCGUGCGCACUGCAAACCCGGGAUUCAAUUGGUGGAAGCAGGAGGGGAGCCCCGGCCUCUUUCCACUGCAGGAGGAGGAAACAGACAGAGGAGAGCAGCAGGAGCCUGCGCAGUGUUACACGGCAUGAGAGACUUCACCCAAACUGCGCACUGACUCUGCAGGAUGCAGCGCUGCUGCAGCUGCGUAGUUUGGUAGACACAGACGUGCACGAGCUGGUUCCGGACUACAGGAAUUAGGCCCCUAACCGGGCUCGGACUACAGCUGCGACAUUUCCAUUGAGAGUUUGACCACCCCCUCUACUAAUCGCUGUGACCCUGCAGCGAAUCAUGGGAAAUGUAAACACUUAGGUUAGGCUGGAUUUGAAACUACGAUACACCUCCUCCUUCUCCUCCUCCCGGGAAGUCCGAGAUGGAGAUGGGGAUGGAGACGGAGAGGGUCGAGCCGGAGCAGGAGGGAGAACUAGAGCCGCCCAUGCACAGCGUCCACGGUACCAACCGGAUCAGACCGUCCUCUUACCGGGCCCUGAGGAGCGCCGUUUCCAGCCUGGCCCGGUUAGACGACUUCAACUGUGAGAAGAUCGGAGCAGGCUUCUUCUCUGAAGUCUUCAAGGUGCAGCAUCGUGUGACAGGCCAGGUGAUGGCUCUGAAGAUGAACAUCCUGGCGAGUAACAGAGCAAACAUGCUGAAAGAAGUCCAGCUCAUGAACAGACUGUCUCACCCAAACAUACUCAGGUUUAUUGGAGUGUGUGUCCAUGAGGGGCAGCUGCACGCACUCACAGAGUACAUAAACGGCGGUAACCUGGAGCAGCUGUUGGGAAGUGACAUGUAUCUGUCGUGGAGCGUGCGGCUCAAUCUGGCUCUGGACAUCGCCCGAGGUCUGCAGUACCUGCACAGCAAGGGCAUCUUCCACAGGGACCUCACCUCCAAGAACUGCCUGGUGCGCUGGGACGGCUGCGUGUGCUCGGGUGUGGUGGGAGACUUCGGCCUGGCGGAGAAAAUUCCUGAUUACAGUGAGGAAGAAAACCAGGAACCCCUGGCUGUGGUUGGCUCCCCCUACUGGAUGGCCCCGGAGGUCCUGAGAGGAGAAGUUUAUAAUGAGAAGGUGGAUGUGUUUGCAUACGGGAUUAUCCUGUGUGAGAUUAUAGCGAGGAUACAGGCCGACCCUGACAUCCUGCCACGCACUGAGGACUUCGGUCUGGAUGUGGAGGCCUUUCAGCCAAUGGUUGGAGACUGUCCGUCAGACUUCCUGGGGCUCGCAAUCUCCUGCUGUAAUAUGAAUUCAAAGCUCCGUCCAUCUUUCUACCAAAUCGUAGUGGGGCUGGAGAGGAAGCAGGCUGACAGGAAACAGAAGGAUGAACUGAUUAUCAAAGCGAUUGGAACCCUACGGAGACGAUCGCUCAUCCUUCCAUCUGACCCUCGCCUCUCCCGCAGCAAAUCCGACAUGCUCCAUCCUCCAGACGCGCCCCCAUCAGCUGCUUCUGCAACUCCAGCUCGGGUCAAUCCCUUCUCUCGGCGAGAGGACCUCAAGGGUGGUAAGAUCAAGCUGUUCGACACUCCCAGCAAGUCUGUCAUCUCCCUUACUUUCACCUUGCCGCCUCCACCGGACUGUGACGACUCUGCUACGUCAGACACUGAUGUUAGCGAGCAACCUCGGAGGCACAGGCGUUGCCACUCACUUCCCUGCACGCCUCCCCCUUACCUCACUUCCGCGCCGAACACUGUGCUGACGGAGGAGGAGUCGCAGUUGGAGAUGGACACUGUGGAUGCGGAGGUAAAUGGAGUGAGCGAGGAAGAGAGACUGUUAGAGGAAGAGAAGGAGGUUUCUGAAGGGAGUGGGACGAACCUUGGGGGUGAUUCAGGUCUUCCUUUGUCACUUGAACCCCUGUCGCUGGACCAAGAGAAGGACGAUGAUGGUGAUGAGGAGGAGGAGGAGCCAAUGGACUGCACUAGCUCCCCUGAUGCACAAGACAGCACUUCAUCUCCUUACACCAAACUUUCUCCCACUCCUUCCCACUCCUCCACUCCCAUCCAACCCUCCAACCUGCCAUUCUCAAACGGCUGGGGCUCUGCUAUUUCUGAUGGACCCCCAUGCCUGCCCCCCCUUUCCAACUUGGACAACAACAACGUAGUCGUAAGUCGACCUUUGGGAUGGAGCGCUACAAAUUCAUCAAGCGCUCCAACCAACAACAACGGCUACCACUCCCCUCCCAGCGACCCGGCUGGCUCAUCCCCCUUCGGCUCAGGCAGCGGACACUCUCUGGACCAGGAGGAGGUGAUUUCAUGUCCUGGUUGCUGCCUCGCCGGUCUUCGCUUCCCUUCGAUGUGUCUCAGAGCACCGCCACGUAGAAACCCCUACAAGAACUUAAACGGGGACCAUGCAGCAUCACGUGGACUGCUCUGUCCAGGACCCAAAGGACUUCCUCCUUCUCCUACCCCCACAGCAACCACCACCAGCUUAGAGCCGGGACUCGCUUUGCCAGGGGCACAAACGUAGACUCCUAAAAUGUGGAAGCUUUGCACCAAAAGCUCCUCAGUGGAAAUUAAGCGGGUCUUCUUGGAAUUUGCACAGAUUUUAAAGCAGCAAUACCUCGCUUAUUUUACCAAAUGUGGUUUUUGGUGCAGAUAAGACUCUUGGCUUCCACUUAAAUACUCGCCAGGUUGACUCUCAAUAAAUACUGUGGGACAAGACACUGGUAUCUUGUUGCAUUUCGCCCUCUGCUGGGCUGAGGGUGUAACAUCUUCAGAUGUCAGCUGUGCCUGCAUUGAUCUGACUGAAAGGCAGCAUCUAUAAAUGAUCAGCAUGUAAACACUCCAGUUUGAGGCCUGUGUGUAUAUUUUGAGAUGUAAAGAUUCUUACGACUGAUGACACUGAUGAAUAUGAUGCUGAAAAAAGGGGAAUGUUAAGCUUAGUAUUAUUACUGCUGCAAUGAUUUUUCCAUGUUUUGGUGCUGUUUCUGAAUGAACAGGCAGUUUUGCUUUAAUGUCUUUAAUUAUCAAGAGGUGUAUGGUGCACUGACAGGAUGUGUGUGUGUGUGUGAGUGUAUGUUUGUGUUUGAAAGGAAGGAUAAGAGUGUGUGUGCUGUACACCGUUCUUUUGUGGCUGUAUGAUCUCUGUUGGCCUGGUUAAGCACUUCAGCUGUAUUACUGUUGUUAAUAAAGAAAAUAUUGAUGUCAUUACUUUUGGGAAUGAAUGGUCAAAGACCUGCUUAAGAGAUGUACAGAUUCUUAUUAUUUAAGAUGACAUUGAAUAAAAAGAUAGAAUGCA